CAAUGUUUGCUGCAGCCAUGAGCCUGGUCACGAGUGUCUGGUUGUUUGGGCAGGUCUUUUGACUCACUGGCCAUUCCUGGGAUUCGUUUGCGUUCUGAACGAUGACUCUAUUUUUGCCGUGUAAUUUGGAAGCCCCAAUUUAAUAACUUCCGACCUAACGCAAUACAUUCCGAUGUAUCAGAUUCAGGACUCCUUCCUCCGCCCUCUUUCCUUGAGCAUAUAUGCUGCCAACGCACAAGGCACCGCACUUACUCUACAGGGGUUGUCUAGCCGGACCCGAGUGCGGGAACUCCAGAGUCAAAUUGCCGCCAUCACCGGGAUCGCCCCCGGCUGUCAGCGAAUCCUCGUCGGAUACCCGCCCGAAUGCCUGGACCUCAGCAACGAGGAUACCAUUCUUGGGGAUUUGCCCAUCCAGUCAGGCGAUAUGCUCAUCGUUGAAGAAGACCAAACCAGGCCCAAAACAUCACCUGCAUUUACAAAACAUGGUGCUCCUAGUUACGUCAGGGAAACUUUGCCUGUGCUUAACAGAACUGUGGUCCCAGCAGACAACUCUUGCCUCUUUACCAGUGUAUACUAUGUUGUAGAAGGUGGAGUCUUGAAUCCAGCUUGUGCCCCUGAGAUGAGACGCCUCAUAGCACAAAUUGUAGCAAGUGAUCCAGACUUCUAUAGUGAGGCAAUCCUGGGAAAAACAAAUCAAGAGUACUGUGACUGGAUCAAAAGAGAUGAUACUUGGGGAGGAGCUAUUGAGAUAUCAAUUUUGUCUAAAUUUUAUCAGUGUGAAAUAUGUGUAGUGGAUACACAGACAGUAAGAAUUGAUCGUUUUGGGGAAGAUGCAGGAUAUACCAAAAGGGUCCUGCUUAUAUAUGAUGGCAUCCACUAUGAUCCACUUCAGCGUAACUUCCCUGACCCAGACACCCCACCUCUGACCAUUUUCUCCUCUAAUGAUGAUAUUGUUCUUGUACAAGCACUGGAAUUAGCAGAUGAAGCUAGAAGAAAGAGACAAUUUACUGAUGUAAACCGCUUCACCCUGAGAUGCAUGGUAUGUCAGAAGGGAUUAACUGGACAAGCAGAAGCAAGGGACCAUGCCAAGGAAACAGGCCAUACCAACUUCGGAGAAGUGUGAUCUAUGCAUGAUGAGGAUUGCCGCCAACUACCUCACAGAUCCAGAAGGCUCUGGGUUUUCCAAUAAGCUAUUCGUAACCGUAAAGAACAAAAGGACACAAUGCUUGAACCGUCUUUAACUUAAAACCACUAAGACACUGAAAUUCCUUGUUAAGAUUAAAAUUAGUGUGCAAGUUUACAGAUGUGUGUCUACAGUGGUGAUACAUGCCCUUUCUCUACUUGGGUCACAGAAUAGGUGGUUCUUGCUACCUACUGACACUAACCUGAAGAUCGGAAUUUUAGUACUCUAAACUAGCACCCAGCAGCAUUAACCUGUAGAAGAAAAUAACUUCAUAUUUUGAGUAACGCGGAAGGCCUCACUAGAGGCCACUGGACAUAAACCAUGAUGUCUCCAUAAUUGAGUCCUUUUAAAAACUCUGAUUGAGUUAAUAGUUUCUAAAUUAUGAAUUGAUUCCUCGAAUGAAGAUACUCAGAAUUGUCAAAACCGAUUUUAUAUUACAAUUUGGUAGACUUUAUAAGUAUGUACUUAACCAUUUAUAAGUACAUUACAAGCAAUUUUUACAGGGAUGAGUGUGUUCCUUGAGAAUGUUACCUAAGGAACUGAUAGUGCCCAAUUUAGGAUUUCUAGUGUAUAAAAUUAGAAUGUAUGGGGGAAAAGGUGCCUGAGCAGCUUACUAAAGCUUUAAAAGACCGUUGGCCUCAUGUUUUAACGCAACUCAUUUAUUGAUGUUUGUCUUGUUAGAUAAAACAUUUAAAUUAAGCAGGGUAUUUAUUUUUUAAUGCAAGUUUCUUAAAAUCGAGUGCUUGAUUUUUGUUUUUUUACAUAAAGAUUUGUCUGGGGGGAUUAACUUUCCUCAGCUUUUUUCUCAAAUCCUAAAAAACAGCCUUCGUCUAGAGUGAUAAUGCUGUGCUUUGAUUUGGUUUUUGUGAGAUCUUUUGCUCAACUAAACAGUAUUUUUUUCCAUGCUAGCCUUAUCUGGCCACUAAUGCUCUUUUGAAUAAUUUCACAUUUCUGACAAUUAGCACUUUGCUUAUCUACAGUCUUUUACUUUGGCUUUUGGACAGUUUUAAAGUAGUUUGGAUAAUAACAUUGAAUUUAUUUCACUCCCAAAAUACGACAGUUUUUAAAUCCUUGCCUUAUUCAGCUUUUUUGGAAUUCUGCUUCUUCCUAAUAUUAGAUGUGUAGUCGUUUGCUUGGUGGGCUAAACUGCAAGGCACACCCUCUAAAAUUAGCUUCACUAUGAGAUCUUCCAGAUAAAAGUUUUCUACCUCUUUUCUUAAUUCUUCCGAAGAUCAGGGAUGCUAAAUUAUAAUUUGUUAUGUAUUAUCUCACAAAAUGUGAAGAGGCUUGUUGUGAAGUUUCGUUAUCUUGGUCUCAUUUUUUGAUGAAGUAUCUCACUUUCAAAACCAAUGGUAUACUUUAAAGCACUUCUUUCUCUUUCAGCAUAUCUUCUUGCAAAUGUUUUAAAAUUGAGAUUUACUUUUAGCACUUUCCCUUGGCGGAGGUGGUCGUAUAAAAUUAAGGAGCCCGUAAACAAUUUAGUGGAAAAUUCUUUUAAGGAAGAAUUCAUGAAGUAUGCUUGAAAUCAUUGGGUGACAUUUCUUAAGUACCUAUUUUGUGAAUAGCUGCUUUAGGCAUUAUAAGUUAUGGUCAGUGUAACUUAAAGGUUUAAUUUUCUAUUUUUACUGAGCCUUAAAAAAUAGCACUUGUAAGCUUGCGAUACUUAAUGUUUGGCAAUCAUAAUAUGUACAAAUGAAUAUGUUUGAAGAUCUCUUUGUACCUGGCUGUCAUUUUGGUCUAAAGAUUUUUGUAUCUCUUAUUUGCCCCAGAAAAUAAUUACCUUUAAAACUAGAAGUUAAGAAUAUAUCACUGGGUAACAUGCAUCAAAUUGAGCUUUACAUGUCAUUAUUCAUGAAGCUUGCCUUCCUGUCUUAGGUACUUAAGGAGCCAAACUUGACAUUUGCUUACUGCAAUUUUAGAAAAGUUUAUUCAUGCAACAAAUAUUUAUUGAGUAAUUUAUAAUGUACCAAGAAUGUAUUGAUAUGUUUUCCAACAUAAAUUUCUGUCACUUUAAAAUUGAGUAUAUUUUAUCUACAUUGGAUUAAUUUAACAAAUAGAAAUAGAACCUGAGAGCACCUGGGUGGCUCAGUUGGUUGGGUGACUGCCUUCGGCUCAGGUCAUGAUCCUGGAGUCCUAGGAUUGAGUCCCACAUCAGGCUUCCUGCUAGGUGGGAAGUCCGCUGCUCCCUCUGACCUCUCCCUCUCAUUCUCAUUCUUUCUCUCUCUCAAAUAAAUAAAUAAAAUCUUUAAAAAAAAAAAAGAAAAGAAAAGAAAUAGAACCUGAUAUUUUAUCAAAUUAAGCCCCUUCAUUUUAAGUGUUUUUGUUUCCAUAUUUAAGCUUAUACUUCCAUAUCAAGUGUCAGGUAUUUAUUCCAGGGAUCUUACUCUAUUUUACCUGUUACCUGGGUUGUCCAUUCACCAACUGGACACCGAUAACUCAGUCAAAUGGCUCUCAAUAAUGAGUUAUAAAUUACUCUGUUGCUGAAAUUCAGCACUAGACUUGAAUGUUCUGAUCAUGGAAAAUCCAAGAUGAUGCAUUAUUUGCAGACAAUUUGGUUUAGUUAUUGAGGAUUCAAAACCUAAACUUGGGCUCUUUCUAAACUCAAGCUUGUAAACCUCACAGAAUCUAAGGAUUUUUUUUUUUUAACUGCACUUAGUAUAGUCUUGAGAUUAUUUUAUUAAUGUAUAUAAAUUCUAAUCUUCAGAAUUUUGAAAACCUAUGGAUUUAGUACUUGCAGCAGGAUCAAAAGAAACUUUUUCUUUAAAUUUGCACUUGAGCAGAAUGAAAACCUUCUUCUAUUUAUUCCAUUUUUGAGUGCCAUGCAAGAAUUUUUUAAUUCAAAUGAGGAUAGUUUGCAUUAGUGGCUGAAUGAAUGAGAAUUGCGCUUUCCUGUCCCCUACUCCUCUUUUCUUUUUUCCCUUACUCUUCUCUGGACUUAGAGAUUUGGUGUAGGGCGGUAAAGACACACUUCUAGGUAGAAUAUUUUCAGAGGUUAAAAUUACUAUCCCUGGGAAUUUUGUGAUGUGAUAGCCAUAUAAGGACAUCAGUAUGGUACAUCUUUUGUUCAUCAUUCCUAGUUGGUUUCUUAAUUAUUUCCAAUGAAAUAUGAUUAAUAAUAUUUCCUUGAAAAAUGAGCGUAGUCAAGGGGUACCCCUUGAAAGUUUGGCUGCUGGUCAGCUUGACCCUGUUGGCAAAAACUAAUAUAAUCAUGUCAGUUGAUUAAUCCAUGAAGUUGAAGCCCAGCAAAGUCAUCAUCAGGAAUGCAUUUCUGUGUUAUCUCUCUAUAAAUUCCCCUAAGUGCCCACACCUAACUUGCUUAUCUAGCAUAUGCUUUCUAUGCUGUGUAUGCUUUAAAACAUGGAUGUUGCAAGUUGCCCUAGCUAAACAUGGUUUUCUGUGUCUUUUUUGAGAAAGUUAGAAUGAGGAAUAAGUAAAAUUAGAGUAAUUGUUUUCUUUAUGGAUCAGGUGGCCUUCUUAAACUUUCAUAUUAAGAUUUAUGUUCUGUCAUGUGUUGAGACACAUUUGUUAUUAUUUGCAGCACUUUAAAAAAAUACAAAGUAAAAGUUUACAUGUUCGACCUCUCCAGGGAUCUUGCUCAAGGCAUUAAAAUAUAAUUCUUGAGCUGCUAACAAUCAGCUCUUCUUAAUCAACAAUUGCCAUCAAUGUGUAUUGUAUCCAGUGGUACAACAUUCUGGUUUUUGAUAACCGUGGAACUUGGUUUCAGUAACUUAGGAGCAUGCUCUGUGCCCUAGCAUUCAAAGAGUUACCUGUUUGUAUAAUGUGGUUAUUCUUUCUCAUUUUACAGUGCAGUAUUCAAAUUUGUCCUUGUAGCAAAAAGAUGACUAUAUGAACUUGGAAAAGAUUAGAUUCUUAAAACUCUUCAUUUGUUUCUAAGCAAACUUGCUUUAAGAGAGCUGAUUUUUUAGCCUUAAAAGUGUCAUUUUUAAGUCUAAAGUGAAACACUUGAUUUGAAUAAGCUAGUUCAUUAAAGAUGUUUUCUUACUAAGAGUUAUAAUAUUUUGGCACAUUUAACUCAAUUUAGACUAUAAACCUUGCCUGAUUGUGGGAAAGGGUUUUAUUUGUUUCUUUUCCAAAAAUUAGCUGGCAUUUUGUUUACAAUGCUUUGAAUAUUUGACUUUGAAGAAAUUGUUGUAUUGAUACUGAGUUGUGGGGUGCUGAUUUAGGUCUUGGUCCAUGUGAAUUUAAAGGAGACUGCUAUUUUAGAUUAAAGAGAAAGGGGGAUGAAGUACCACUUAAACAGAAGAGGUCCUUAAAUGGAUACAUUCCUUAGUCAUGAACAUGCUUUGAAAAACUUUCAAGCAAUGCAUUGUGUCUUCCUAACCCUUCUCACCCAUUUCUUGGCAUAGAAUGUAGCAGGGCCAUAACUGAGAAGCUUGUCAUUAAUAUAUAAACCAUGAAUAGAAGCAUUUUGCUAUGAUAUCUUUUUAUACUUUCAAAAAUAGCCACAUCUAGUUGCUUAGGGAUAUAAUAUGAUAUGAAGAUAUGAUAUGGUUAAGUUGUAGGUAACAAGUUAACCUAAGGAAGGUAUAGAAUUUCUACUAAGAUUACAUGAGCCUGCUCUUAGACCUGGUAUAGGAUAUGCAAUAAGUUGUAGCCUAUAAGUUACUUAAAGGACCAGGGCACCUAAUUCUUGUCAGGUUUCUAGUUCAUCUUGGUGCCAUUCAUGACUCCAGCUGUUUACAGGAAAAACAAUUUCCUUAGAAAAGAGUAAUGUUUUCCCUUUAAAGAAGUAUUGAAUUCAGCUUAAAAUGCAAAAUAAAUACAUAUAAGUUUGUCAAAAGGGAUAGAGAAUAACUAUUUCCUGUAUUGAUGGAGGGGAGGCGAGGGAGGUGGAGAGUCCUGAAGCAAAAAGGAAACCACGGAUUGUCAAAUUCAGAGCUUAGCACAUGACUUGAAAAAGUAGUAGGUAAGGGCAAAACAGAAGUUCUGUUUCUUGGCAUAGGUUUCUUCAUUAAGAUAGACAGUGUUGUCUUGUUUAAAAAUUGUUCUUUUGUUUAUUUGCCAGCAUUUUUUCAAAGUUCAUGCACUGCUGCUACCUGGGAGAUGUCUUACUUCAUUUUGUAUGACUCAUGUGAUUUUGCCAUUGUCAUUAAGAUGAAUUGAUUUUAUUUAUGAGGUCUAUGAUUUUAAAUACCUGAUGCUGUAUGAAGUGACUUGUUUUGAAGGAAUAAAUGAAGUGAAAAUA